UUCGAUUAAAUGUACAUGUAAAUCAAUACAGCUAGGACUUGAGAAACAAUUCUGAAAGAGCUUAUCUUUCAAAUCCUUUAUAUAUACUUUCUAUUUAUACAGUAAAACACAAUAAAUUUUCUUGUGAAUUCUGUCAAAUUUUGAAAACAAUAAGUUAAUAACUGUUAGCUAAAAGAGAGGCAAACAACUUCAAGCAAAAUGGCCUAAUAACAUCUCAAAAACAUAAUAAACCCCAUUAUUUUGAAAUCAUUAAAGAUAAGCUUCAGACAGUAGAACAAAUUUCCAAGAAUUAUAAAGACCAAGCCUCCCUCACAUAUAUCAACCAAUCACAUUCUACAUCUCCCUGCUCCAACUGCUGAUUGGCAUUUACCUAACAGCUGAAGCUUUCCAAUAACUGCAGUCAUUCAAUAUACCAAUAAAAUGCAUUGUUUAUAGGUUUGGCUUGUGAAACCUGCCAACUGUCACACGGGAUAAAAAGUGUUUCAGUUCACAACAAUGGGUUAAAACCACACUCUAAUCACCACUUUGCUUAUGGUUAUCGAUAAGUCUCUUAGGACGAUCAACUGAUGUGAAUAUUGUGCAGAAACAGCUUGACAUUUGAAACAAAGAGGAACAAUUACCAGAAAUAAUGGGACCCAUGAUUUGUUGACAUUGUUAUGUCAGAGAGUACACUCCGAGGUUUAGAUUAGGAUGACGAAAGUGAAUUGCGUUUUUCUUUGUCUAUAUCAGAUCAAAAUCAUAUAUUAGAUUGUGCUGAUGUAAAAGAUGAAAAGAAAAUCCAAACACAAUCAGCCUGAAAUGGAAUGAAUACACAAUGAAAAUAUCAGAAAAAUUAUGCAAAAUGAACAAAUUAAUCUAUGUUCAAAUCAAUGAGAAUCCAAGACAUAUCAAGUGCUGAAGACCUUGAAUUCUAAAAAGUCAGGAACAUGAAUGAUGAAUGGAUGAUGUCAAAUUUCACCCUGGAAAACUAUUUCUCCGAUUUUGGGAACGAAUCAGGGAAUAUGACAGAUUGGUCGAUGGAUUUCCACUUUAAAGUCUCCGACUUUGAGCCCCCAAACCUUCUCCGUGAUAAAGGUUGGAGGAUCUUCAUGAUCAUUUUAUUUGGGGCUGUCAUAUUUCUUGGUUUUAUCGAGAACUUGAUGGUUAUUAUUGUGAUCACCAUCAAUAAAAGACUCCACACUGUUACAAAUGUCUUCAUUUCAACACUGUCAUUCUCGGACAUAAUGCUUUGUGCUUUUAAUCUACCAUUUCAGUUGCAUUAUGGUAUAACUGAUUACUGGUCGUUUGGCCCAAUUUUGUGCCAGAUAAUAAUGCCAAUGUUCGCUGUUCCAGUCUUUAUGUCCACACUUGCAAUGCUCAUGAUUGCUAUCGAAAGAUACAUCUUAAUUGUGUUCCCAUUUCGCAAAAAACUGACCAUAAAAAUGGCUUUAGUGAUAGUGUUUGUGAUAAUAAUUUUCUCGGUCAUGUGCUCUAUUCCAAUAAUUCUUCAUACAGAACACAGUCAGGAAAUUAUUGACCUUCGACCCUAUAUACAGGACAUCAUCAAAAAAAGCUUUUGCAUUGAAAACUGGAAGUUGAAAACAAGCCGAGCAUACACAAUGUUUGUAUUCGUGCUCCAAUUUUUCAUACCCUACAUAAUUAUUUCUGUCUUGUAUUUCCAAAUUUAUAAAGUUCUGAAAAAACGUCCAAUCAAACGAAAGGAAACUCGAAAAAGCUACCAAACAACACGAAUUCUGAUCGCAAUAACGACAACUUUCACAAUAUCGUGGCUGCCUUUCCAAAUAUUUAGCAUAGUCUCAUACUUCAACCCCAAUAUAAGCACCCAUCUUGGACCUGCCUACAAAUUGACUGACUUGAUACUGAAAAUCAUUGCAAUGAGCUCAUCUUGUGUUAACCCUUUCUUGUAUGGCUGGCUGAAUGAUAAAUUCCGCAAAGAAUUUGGAACAAUGUUGGGAAAAAGGAUGAUGAAGAUGCAAGUGAGCCGCAGUGGUUAUUUUCGAAGUUCAGGUUCGGGGGACUAUAAAAGUGAGAGAAAUUGUGCAACAGAAAAUCUUUGAAUAAUGCUUCAUUGCUCAGAAUAUUAUGUGAUAAUGAUUACAAGUGAUAGAUAAGGUGUCAAUUCUGUAUUUUUUCCCAUGCUUAUUAAUUAAUAUUAGUAUUCAAAUAAAUGUAGUCAACAAUAAAUAAAUCUUCAAAAUCAAAGACAA